CGGUCGAGCAGAAGUGGGCGAUCGUGGAGUUGCGCGCACGCGCAGCCCCGACGCGCUUCUCUUGCAUGCGGCCCCAUCCGUAACAAUUGAGGCCACCGGGAGUGGCGGAGGGGGGUGCCGGAGCCAUUCUUCUCUCUCUGCCCUGUGCUCCCCUCCCAUCGGCCAGAGAUAAUGAGCGAGCCGCAGGUGGAGACGACGACGGGGCACGUGACGGACGGCGGCGCGUGGCUGCUCGUUCUGAGCUCCGUGUUUUUAUGCAAUCUCCUCAAAAUCCUCCUGCCCUCCUGCUCCUCUAUUAUAUCAAGGUUAUUACAAAAAGAUGCUGAGCAGGAGUCAGAGAUGAGAUCAGAAAUUCAGAACAUGAAGCAAGAACUUUCGACCAUUAGUAUGAUGGAUGAAUUUGCCAGAUACGCCCGCUUGGAAAGGAAAAUUAACAAAAUGACUGACAAGCUGAAGACUCAUGUGAAAACAAGAACAGCUCAACUAGCCAAGAUAAAGUGGGUAAUAAAUAUUGUGUUCUACAUUUUACAGGCUGCCUUAAUGAUCUCUCUCAUUUGGAAGUAUUACUCUGAGCCAGUUACUGUCCUCCCAAGCAAAUGGCUUGCCCCAUUAGAACGUUUAGUUGCUUUUCCAACAGGAGUGGCAGGUGGUGUUGGCAUUACAUGUUGGUUGGUGGUUUGCAACAAGGUUGUGGCCAUUAUGCUUCACCCCUUCAGCUGAGAAAGAAUCUUGUUGCAGUUCUUCACUCCCCUCAAUUGUCUCAUUCUAAGCAAUGUUCUGUUUCUUAUGAUGGCAACACAUCUGAAUUGUACCAUCUUGUUCAUGAUAGUCCGUGAAAGGGGCAGGGCUAGGAUCAAAUAAACCAUACAUAAAAUAUUUAUUGUAAUGUUAUUAAUAUUUAUGUAAUGUGUUUGUUGUGUCUCCUUACUAGUAGCUUUCAAGUUGUGUUCUGUUUAUAGAUUUAUGUGCUGAACCUCGUUUAACACAUGCAGUUUUGUAGUCUUAACACUUCUGAAAGUUCUGCUUUGCACUGUUGAGUAUCAAGAGAGAACAAAAAGUUACCUUUUCCUAUGUUGGACUAUCAGACCGUCUAGCUCAAUACUGUCAUGCUGAUGGGCAAUAGCUCUCCAGGAUUCUUUCCUAAUCCUAUCUGGAGUUCCCUAGUGGUCUUACAUCCAAGUACAGACUAGCCUUGAUCCUUCUUACUGUACAAAAUCAGACAAGGUCAGAUGUGUUGCAGGUGAUUUUAUUGGCUCAGACUGCUAGUACAUGUUAUAACCAGAAGGGUAUAGAAGAUAUUGUUGCAUAAAUGGAAUGGUUUCACACUUUCUGCCUGUGUUUUAAUUAAUCCUUGUUUAGUCCAAGACAUUUUACAGUUUUGAUGAGAAGGGAUAGGUUUCCCACUAAGAUAUUUCAUGUAGAUGUGGAUAGUUGUAUUCCAAGUAGUCUUAUUUCAAAAGUUUAUUAUUUUGUACAAAAAAUUGUGCUGAAGUGUAAUUGUCUAUUAAAUGAUGUUCUGUGGAAACCAUA